GUUUCCGUUUCCGUUUACUACCGUGUAUUGGUCCAUUAAAAUACACAACAGUUACUUCAUUUCCAACAUGUCUAUUUCGUUUAGUAGCUGUUUAAAUGUUUAUUUCACAGACUAGUGUAUUGAACAUUCACUUGAGCCAGCUGUUUGAAGCAAUAUAGAAGCCCUCGCGCGCAUGCGUUUCACGGAUGAAAUCAGUGGAUUAGUCUUGUGCUUGUGCUGGGGAGGUGAGUAGCAACAGAACAUCAGCAGGCGUUUAUCAAUAGUGUAGCUAGCUUGCGAGCUACACGACUAUAGCUGUCUAGCUAGCUACACAUAUUAUCUAACAACAGGCGUACAAAAAUCGAUCCCAUUCAGAUCACUGCUGAUUGGGAGCUUGCUAGGCUACUCUUUGGGAUUUGCAAUGUCGCAUCGAUAUCCUUCUGCGUGCGUCACAUGCACAACACGAGUCUGUUGUUUACAGCUGGUUUUCGAAUAAUCAGUUACGGGUUUAAACUAGUUACCUAGCAAAUUCGCUGCAAAACACUCGCCUCCUUAAUGUCGAUGGAGGAGGACGACGGAAAGCGAGGGUCGCGAGAAGAGUGGACACUCCUGUUUUGGACCUCCCUCGCCGUUAUAGUCCCUGUGAUUAUUACAUUGUGGUGCAGUGCUCAGCGCUCCAAACGGAAAAUACACAUGAAAGACUUCUUCCGCAAGAGCAAACACGGUUGGCACUACACCGAUCUGUUCAACAAGCCUACAUACUGCUGUGUAUGCUCUCAACACAUUCUGCAAGGGGCGUACUGUGAUUGCUGUGGGCUAUGUACCGACGAGCACUGCCUCCGUCGGGCCGACCGGACACACGGCUGCAAGGAGAUUAUGGCCCCAUCUCGAACGGACGGUGCACUGGAGCACCGCUGGGUCCGGGGAAACGUCCCACUCGCCAGUUACUGUGUUGUGUGCAAACAGCAAUGCGGGACUCAGCCGAAGCUGUGCGACUUUAGGUGUGUGUGGUGUCAGAUCACGGUGCACGACGACUGCAAGGCCAACCUGACGGACGGCGACCACUGCGACCUGGGAGAGUUCCGGAACCUCAUCAUCCCCCCUCACUACCUCCACCACGUCAACAAGCUCCGUCGCCGGCACCCCGACGAGUACACCAAGUUGGCAGCAGGCUGUGGGAGCAGCUGGACCCCAGUGCUAGUCCUGGCUAACACUCGCAGCGGCAACAACAUGGGAGAGGCCCUGCUGGGGGAGUUCCGCACCAUCCUCAACCCCGUCCAGGUGUUUGACCUGUCCCAGCUGGCACCCUCCAAGGCCCUGCAGCUGUGCACCCUGCUCCCCCCGGGCAGUGUCAGGGUGCUGGUGUGCGGGGGGGAUGGCACCGUCGGAUGGGUGCUGGACGCCGUCGACUCCAUGAAGCUUAAGGGUCAGGACCAGUUCAUGCCCAGGGUGACCAUCCUGCCGUUAGGAACAGGAAAUGACCUGUCCAACUCGCUGGGCUGGGGGGCGGGCUACGCCGGGGAGAUCCCUGUGGAGCAGGUGCUCAGAAACAUCCUGGAGGCUGAGGUGGUCAAGAUGGACAGGUGGAAAGUGCAGGUGGCUUCAAAAGGCCUCUACUUUCGUAAGCCCAAGGUUCUGUCCAUGAAUAAUUAUUUCUCCGUGGGGCCUGAUGCACUGAUGGCGCUCAACUUCCACACCCACCGCGAGAAAACGCCCUCUUUCUUCUCCAGCCGCAUCAUCAACAAGGCUGUGUAUUUCCUUUAUGGCACCAAAGAUUGCUUAGUGCAAGAAUGCCAUGACCUGGAUAAGAGGAUUGAGCUGGAGCUGGAUGGUGAGAGGGUGGCAUUGCCCAGUCUGGAGGGGAUCAUCGUGUGUAACAUCGGGUACUGGGGCGGGGGGUGCCGGCUGUGGGAGGGCAUGGGGGAUGAUCCCUGCCCCCCUACACGGCUGGAUGACGGUCUGCUGGAGGUCGUCGGAGUGUUUGGCUCCUUCCACUGUGCUCAGAUCCAGGUCAAGCUGGCUAACCCUGUGAGGCUAGGACAGGCCCACACAGUCAGGCUGGUUCUCAAGAGCUCCAGGAUGCCCAUGCAGGUGGACGGGGAACCGUGGGCACAGGGCCCCUGCACCAUCACCAUCACCCACAAGACGCAGGCCCUCAUGCUGUACCACAGCGCCGAGCAGACGGACGACGACGAGGACGAAUCCAGCGCCUCUGAGGCAGAGAGCCCCGCCCCCCACGACUCACCCAGGCCUGCAGGGCCCGCCUCCGCUCGUGCUUGAAGCUGGUUGGUUUUGGGGAACCACGCCCCCCCUGCCCUCCACCCUCACAGGUGGGAGAGAAGGAGUGAGUGAAUGUUUUCAGAGGAGGACUGCUGUAUAUUUGCACUGACCCCCCCCCCCCCCCCUUGUGCCAUAGUUACACCUACAGUACUUAGUUCAGUUUCAGUAGUCCGGCACGAUCCCACAGGCACAUCUAAUGUCUCUGUCUCAGGGAGACAUUGGUCCUGUUCUGUGAUAAAGUAGAAUAUAUAUUUAUAUAUGUCAGUCACUGGAAAAUACUUUUGUUGCGAUUCCUAUAGAUUUCAUGCACUUUCACUAAAAAGUUGUCGACCAAAUUAAUGGUUACGUGUUGUACUGGAGAAAAAGCGGUUUAUUCAGAAAAUGUCUUAAGCAUGUGUUACUUGACUUUAGCGUUCCGUUUCCAAAAGCACUUCCAUAAGCACUCUAUCUUUUAACUACGUUUCACUGGAUAAACUGCAUUUUCACUGCUACCAAAGGAGUAUUUAAAUGAGAUACUCUUACCUGUUUACCACAUGUGUUUUGCCAUUUCUGGGCACUUAUCUUUUAGACCUUUUAGAAAUUGCUCAAAGUCUACAUAUAAUAAUUUUGCUUGACUUGUUUGUUAGUAACAUAGGUCGUAUUCCUGUUUCUGCUGUUUGCAACACUUAAUUUGGCCACAAGGUUGCGUCUAAGUUAUUCAGUGUGCAGUGGGGAUUUUAAGGAGAGCAGAAAUGUAUCAGAAAAGGAUGACACUCCAUCCAUGUCAUGUUUUUGUUUGUAUGUUUAUUUAAAGACAGUAUUGGCAUAUUGAUGAAUGUGUCUGAAUGUCUAGCAUCAAAUAAUGAUAUUUUUGGAGUCAGUCUUUUUACGUAAGACUACACCAAAAAUGUCAGCCAUAUUAUAGCAAUGUACUGUAUUUUGUGGCCCAAGUGCUGACAUUUUUACUCCUACUGACGUAGCAGAAAAAAUGUGACAAAUGAUUGUCAUCUGUCCUCCCAAGUCGUGGUUUUACGUUCCAACUGAUCCCUCAAACUGUUAGUGUCCAUAUAAUGCCAAUGCUUGUAUGAUGUGCUGCUCCCUUUCUAAUCAAUCAAAUGUUAUUUUCUUCACUGUAUCUUGUCAAGUAUCGAAGGUGCAUUGAGGACAUCGAUAAUGUCAUGUUUGAAAGCGCUAGUUUUACAUGUAAACCUCACCUACAUGUUUACAACAACCCUGAAUGCUGAA